CUCCUUCAUCUUUAUAACAACCAACAAUCUGCUAUGAUUACCACAGACAAAAGAACCCACAACACCACUCUCAUGGAUGCCUACUUGAAUAACCCACAACACCACUUCACCAUUAAACUUCCUCAAUCCCCUCAAAAACGCAACCUACAAGACGAUGAAAUCGGGAUUUUUGGAGCCGAAAAGUACUUCACAGGAGCCAUUGAUGAUCAUCUUCUUCUAACCACCACCUCCAAUAACAACCACCCUGCUGCUCAUUAUCCUUCUUCUAACACCCCACAGCUACCACCAUGCCCUUCUCCUAAACCAAAAACCCAUUCCACAACUCCCAGUGUUCGUUCCGAGUCCAGUUGGAAUAGUAGAAAAGGCUUAUUGGCUACUAAUGCCAAUGAUCAUAAAAAGAAAAACACUGUCAAAAGCUUGCUAGCCAGCCUUGUGUGCAAUUGCAACGAUAAAGAUUCUGUUGACGUAACUGAAACCAAAGUUUAUGUCAAAGAACCUGCAAAACUGCCCGUUCAAGCUGUUGCUGAUUUGGGUCAGAAGACAAAGUCGUUGUCGAGCAGAUGGGCUGAUGAGGAUGUUCAUAGGAAGAAGAAUGAGAUGAAUAGUAAAAGAGAAGAUUGCUUCACCUUCCCGGUGCUCAAUUCUUCAAUGCCAGAUGGGAACCAUCCGCAGCUGCGGCCACAAGUUGAACGGGAAAAAAGGAUUACAGCCCGAGAGAAUUCAUCGGAGGUGUUCGGUUCUCCGGUUUUGGAGAAAGGGAAGAAGUCGUUUAGUCUGGAGAGGAAACUGACCAUGUUGAAUUGGGAUGGCGUUACUCCAAGAGCAGAAGUUAUGGAUAUUUCUAGGAAUGGGGGACACAAUGAUGCAGCAAGUGAUGCAAGCUCGGAUUUAUUUGAGAUCGAGAGCUUCUCAACCAAUGAGAAUAACUCGUUUCUUGCUAAGCAAGCAUUGGAGAGUAAUGAUGGAAGGCCAAGCAAUGCAAACGGGUAUGCCCCAAGCGAGGCAAGCGUCGACUGGAGUGUCGUUACUGCUAGCGUUGCAGACUUCUCGACUGUUGAGGAUUCGACAGUAAUACAAAGAGUCAAAGCAGGAGCAGAAACAGAGAGAGUCAAAGGCUCUGGCAUUCUUUCGGGGUGUAAAAAUCUUAAAGCUGUCAGAGUUUCUGGUGAUGAACACUGUGUGGCAGGUGGUGGCGAGAAGGCAGCAGUUAUGGUGGCUCCCACCAUGAGAGAAUGGUGCCGCCGCUUGGAAUCUGUCACCCCAAUCACGAAAAUCCAAGCCGACACCAAGCUGGCGGGUGCGGGGUCUGAUGCACACAGAGGCCAAACUGGAUUUGGCACUGCACGCUCAAUUCCCCGGAUGCAUUCUACACAUGCUUCACAUCACUUGUACAUUCAGCAGUAGCAAAGAGUACAUUUGGGUGUCAAAUUCCAUAACCAAAUGGCACAAAUCACUUAGAGCGACAUUUGUUAUGCAGAUAUUUCAUUUUGUAUUACUGGCAAUAAAUUCCAUUGAAGCAAUCUCCAUUUGUAACUAGGAUUCUGGCUAGCAGGUACAAAUUGUAAUGCAAAUGGUACAUGUUAUCUAAGCAGAAAAAUCCAUGGUCAAGUAUCUCAAUGCCUCACCUACUUCCUUCGUGUGCGAAGACGCCAAAAAAAUACAAGCAAAUUAUUCAAUAAAAACAGGUACCAGCACUAUAACAGGCCAACAUGCCCAUUUUUUUAGGUCACUUUCAGCAUGAUUCAGGGAAACGAGAGACACAAGAAAGUUAUCUUCACACACCCAUCAGUGACCCUUACCCUAUUUUGCCCUAUACAAAAUGGCAUUGCACUUUUACCAUUUUAUCCUUUAUAUAUUUCAAAAAUAUCUCGACUGGAGCCUAGGGCUAUCUGGUAUCAGUAUCACCAUCAAUUCAUGUCUUACUAUCUAUAAGCAGAAAGGAUCAGUUUGUACCAUUUUAACACUAGAAUGCUUCAGGAUUUCUCUAGUUUGUGUUACAAGUCGCUACCAAUGCACCGUCAUAUCAUCUGACUUACCAGCUGGAAGCAGAAACGUUCUCUCAAAAUUUCUCUUCGAGGGGCACCAAGGUCAUUAGUAUCACUGCCAAUGCAAGGCACACUAUCAACCAAACGAGCCCAGUAAAUCAGAAGGGUAAGAUGUUCACAGCCAUUCCUUUAUCCCAGAAAGUAAAGAGGCUGUUUCCGACGAGGAGUACUAUCUAUCCGCAAAGAACUCUAACUAAUACUGUUUUGCCCCUUGAAUAUUUCAUAAUUCUCUCAAGGGGAGCCUAUUAAUAUAUCUAUCAAUCCGGAUUACAAUAAAGUAGACAGCCUCGUUUUUUGUUGCAUACAUGUGAAGAGAAGCUGGGAGUGAGUACAUGCGUGCCACAAGUGCAUGUCUGUGUAUCUAGGACCAAUAGCAUCAAAAACCAAGCAAUCCCACAAAACUUUUCUUCUUCAAAUGCGGGUAGGAUGUCGAGAUCACACCUGGCGUGUAGGGAAUGAAGGAGUUUUUCAAACACCGACAGACACAUUAAUUCAGUGAUGGAAAACUAAGCCUUAUGGAUGCCAUCAACCAUACAAUACUAGUUGAAUAUCUUGAUCAUAAAUUCAAGAUAGAAUUUCUACAGAAUGUAAGUCAUCAAGAAAAUUAUUGAUACAUCCCACAGUUUUUCAAAAUUGAAAAUUUUAGAUCUAAAAUGGUCUUAUGAAUUUCCUAGUUAAAGGAGUUGUCUAAUCUAAUGCUCAGAAAUUCAGAAAUUGACUUUAAUUAUCAAACAGAGGGAUUAGUGUGAUAGAUUACAUAAGUGACAAGGGAAAACCAUCCCAAACAAUUACUAUACUUCCAACUUAAGCCUGUGACAGUGACUGUAGACCUGGCACAGGGAAGAGAAGAAUCAAGAUAAUAGAUAUAGUGAUCCUAGAAUCAUCUAUUCUUGCUAUGGAUUUUAGUCAACAAGCCCACAACUGACUCUUACUAACCACCAAUAGAUUUUCUGUUGCAAAAGGUGGAUACAACCUUCACAAUUUCCACACAUCAAAAUCUUAGAAUAAUCCAAAGAUAAACUAACUCAACUUCCAUAAACAUAUAGGAUGACCUAAUAAUUUGACUAACUAGCAAUUAAUUAUCUUAUAUGAGUUUUCUGCAGAAAAACAAGCAAUUAAAAGCAUAGAAACAAGUAUGGGAUUUCUGGCAUGUACUUCAAUCAGGAGGCAAUCCUGACAGCUCAAAUAUGAAGAUAUGCCUAUGUGUAGCAAUAAUUGUCACAAAUGAUGUUCCCAGAAGAAGAACAUUCCAUUAUGCCACAUAUUUUCUAGUGUUAAAAAGAAUGUUUCUUUUUGCUCUGAAAUUAUGCAUCAAACCCACAACCCAUUCUUAUUAUAUGAAAAUAAUAGAGGACUCAAAACGUUUUGUGAUAAAAAUAAGCUAACAAAGUAACUUUUGUUAUGACUAAAUGACUUUCUAAACAUCAUAUCUAGUUCUUCAUUACAAACAAUAGCUCUUGCAGAAAUUUAAAAAUUGCCUUACAUUUUGCAAGAAUGGGUUACUUUAGGCAAAGAUGCCAGGUACCAUGAUUCUUUUUUCAUUUACUUCCCACAAAUCGUUCAAAAACAGUCAUUUUUAGAAACUAGAGUGUUUUUCAGCAUUUAAGCAAAAAUGUCGGUAAGUUUGCAACAAAGACCAAGCACAAUGGUUCGAAAAAGGUCCAUCACUCAUUAAUUAUUAAACAACGCCAGAAAUAUCCUACAUAAGCUGAGAAUAUAAGAUUUAGUUCAUUGACCCCAUCUCCAUCUCUCACUUCCACUCCUAGUCUCUCAUCAAUCAACCUCUCACGCUCAUCGUAUCAAUAAGUGAGGAGCAUACCUAAAGGCUGUGGCUCCAAUCCUGGGUAUUGUGGACAUGCACACCUAGAGA